UGUGUUUUUAACAAAUUAAAUAUUUUCGAAAUGUCUGACCAUAGGAUAUACAAGUGUAUAUGUUUCAUAAUGUUCAUGUAUACUCUUAUUCAUAAAGGAUCAGGUAAGGUAAAGGUGGCUAUAUCCAUCAAAUCGUACGAGAACGUGAACGGAACUGCAUACGGACCUAAGGGUGAUGACCGAAAGUGUUGCGAUGGGCCAAAUAGAGCUAACUGCACUCUCGGAGACACUUGCGACACAUAUUUCAAUAUUUGUGUCGGAAGAAUACACACCGGAUGGGACUGUCAGGGCGCUUCUUUCACCACAAAGCCUGCCAACGACACCAACAGCAUAAUGAACGUCCCCAUUAUGGAGGGUAUUGCAGAUUCAUGGAGUCGUGGAAUGCUUUUGGUUGUAUCCAUUAACGACGAUGACGAUAUCGGAUUAAUCCAGACGCAUGACCAGAUUGAUAGACUCAUUGAUGAAAUCGAGUUCAGUCCAAGCCCUGAUCCAGAGUCCUCACAAUGGCAUUCAUUUACCUGGGGAGGAGCUUCCGACAAAACUCAGAUGACUGUGCUGUUAAGUUUGUGGUGCGAUGAUGACUAUUACGGCCCAAACUGUCAGACUUACUGCAAGGGAAUUAAACCCAUGGCUCUUUGUGAUACCUCGGGAAACCAUCUCUGUCAGCCAUCUGACGCAGUUGUCCUAGACUUCUACCACCACGUCAAUCAGUCUUCCCUUCCCGAUAUCACCUUCAACAUCCACAAGUUUGUCCAGGAUCAGGUGUGUCAUAGCAACAUGUCUUCGCUUGACUAUCUGGAAUUUGACAUCGACAGCAACAGUAUGUCGUUUACACUGGCAUGUGACGACCAUGACGUGUUACCGGUAGAGUUCGAAUCCUUGCUGCAAACUGUUCAGCCGGUCACUUUAACCAAUUAUUUCCCUGCUGGAAUUGUAAGAGGUCCAUUUGUUACACCCACAGGACAUGAGGAGCAUAUUAAGCCAAACGUGUAUGUUGGAGUUCAAAUACUUAAAAUUUAUAACCCACAUGGAACGUCAUUUGAAGGUAGUAACGUCAACAGUGCACGACGCUGCUGUGACGUUAAAAGGUUUAAUAAUUGUCCAGCAACGGGCGAUGUUUGCGAUACUUCCCUCAGCAUAUGCAUUGGAGAGAUAAUAAACAACGUCUGCAUAGGGUCAGUGACACUUUUCCCAACGCUCCCUAACUCAAACUCCAUUUCUGCGUGCGGAUCCGCCUAUAUUGACGAUACAAACAACGUGGCGCAUGUGGCCCAUACAACUGUAGGAGGAAUGAGACUCAUUAAGAACACCACAAGUAUCCAAGUCAUCUUAAAGGAUAACGACGGCAACUCCUCCGAUAUAAUCGAUAUACUAAAGGGGAACGUCACCAUAAAGCCGGGCCCAAAUGUUACAUACGCUCUUAACACGAAGGUCGUUUUGACAAAAUGGGCAAGUGUCAGUCUGAAUUUGAUAUUUUGGUGUGCGGAAGGCCACUCAGGUCCUCUGUGCCAUGCAGACAAUGGUACCGACCGCUGUCAAGAUGGAUGGUACGGAGAUGAAUGUGAAAAACAGCUUAACGCCUGUCACCCAAAUCCUUGCAAGAAUCAAGGAACAUGCUCCCAGAACGCUACCUCCGAAUACACGUGCUUAUGUCCUUUCGGAUUCACUGGAGGAAAUUGCGAGAGCGAUCUGGAUGAAUGCCAAAUGAAUGUUUGCCAACACAAUGCCACUUGCACCAACUUUUACGGCUCCUUCCAGUGCACAUGUCCGGCCCUUUACGAAGGCAUUAUUUGUCAAGAUAGCAAACUUCCAGGAUGUGACCCAAAUCCAUGCUCCAAUGGAAAAUGUGUAAUGGACUUUAAUGAUCCCGAUGAGUACAGGUGUAUUUGUCCUUCAGGAUUUGAAGGAAAAAACUGCAAUGAAAGGAUGGCAUGCUCCGGCUGCACUCAUGGUAAAUGUGUUGUCAGUGAAGGACAAAGCCAUUGUCAAUGCCAGUUUGGGUUUGGUGGGCCUCAAUGUACUGAAGAUGAAAACGAGUGCGAAGCUCACAUUUGUGAAAACAAUUCCACAUGUCACAACACGUUUGGAAACUUCAGUUGUGAAUGCAAAGAUGGUUAUACAGGAAAGGUAUGUUCAGAGGCAAGUGGACCAUGUAGUAAAGUGACAUGUCUAAACCAUGGGACUUGUAUACAAGUUACUGGAAGCACGUACAUGUGCAUGUGCACCGCAGGAUUUGCUGGGGACAUGUGUGAAAAUCGCGUUGAUCUUUGUGCACGAAUCAUUUGCUCAAAUGGAGGUGUUUGUGAGAAUGUUUUUGAGGAUUUUCUUUGUAACUGUUCAAGUCAUUGGUCUGGGAAAUUGUGUGAUGUCGAUGUGAAUGAAUGUUCCCAAUCAUUAUGCGUACAUAGUCGUAGCUGUACCAACACAGCUGGAAGUUAUGCAUGCGAUUGUCAAGACGGAUGGACAGGUUUUAACUGUGAGUCGGAUAUUGAUGAAUGUAAUACAGGUGCUACACAGUCCCUUUGUAACCAUGGACAAUGUGUUAAUACGCAAGGAAGUUUCAAAUGCGCUUGUAACACAGGGUUUACGGGCAUUCACUGCGAAAACAUUCUUGACUUUUGUACAAAUGAAACUUGCAGUGGGAAUGGGAAUUGUUUUGAAAAGCCAACUGGUCAUUGCGUGUGUAAAUUGGGUUAUAAUGGAGAUAGCUGUGAAAAUGAUAUUAACGAAUGCCAGAUUGGAAUUUGUGGUGGAAAUUCCGUUAAUUGCACAAACAUGCCAGGAACAUAUAGUUGCACUUGCAAAAAAGGAUGGACAGGACGAAAUUGUACUGAUGACAUAGAUGAAUGUGCGGCAACAAAAGUGAUUCCAUGCAAUGGUAAUGGUUUAUGUCAUAAUACCAAAGGAAGCUACUUAUGUACGUGCUUUCCAGGAUUUUCUGGAAAAGACUGCGAGACUUUCGUCGAUACUUGUAAAGACAAGAAAUGCGAACAUAAUGGGACAUGUGUUAUAAGAAAUUCAGAAACUAAGUGCGUAUGUACCCCGGGGUGGACGGACAUAUCGUGUGGCGAUGACGUCAAUGAAUGUGAAUCAGACGCACCCUGUAAUCAAGUUGGGGUGUGCGUAAACACUGAUGGAUCUUAUUAUUGCGAUUGUUAUGGGGGUUGGACGGGCAGUGCAUGUCAGAAUGAUGUCAACGAAUGUCUGUCGAACAUUUGUCAACAUAAUGGCGUGUGCACAAAUUUAGCCGGAAGUUACAAUUGCGCAUGCCAGUCGCACUGGGAAGGAAUGAAAUGUGAGGUUCCAAUGACGUCCGAACAAAGAGGUGACCAACUGCAGUUUACUUUUUCUAAGAAUAUAACAAGCAAUUUGUUCCAAGUGGUCGUAUCCUUUACCCAUCGGUUCCUUGUAACGUACAUCUGCAAUGCGACGGAUCUGUCUUUUGCAAAGGAAACAUUCAAAGAUAACAUUUUCACAGUCUUCAUUUCUUGCCCAACCGGUCCAAUAACCCAGACAUCCAUUUCCAAAAUGCUUUCAACAAUUUCUAACGACACCUUGUCCAAUGCUUUCCCAUUGCCUUUGCAAUCGCUGUUGGUAAUACCAAGCGGACCAUCGACACAGCAAAUACCAGUAAAGUCGAGCAAAUGGAUUUCGAAGUAUUGGCCAGUAUUUGCCGGUGGAGCAGCACUUAUUAUUGUUGUUGUGGCAGUGGUUGGAGUAAUACUCAGAGUCAGGAAGAGGAAAGACAGUUCGGUUACCAGCUACCUCAAUCCCUCUUAUUCCAGUCAUGAUAACUCUGAACUCAAGGAGUACGACAGCUGACGAGCUUUAGAACCUUUCACAAUACGUAUGUGUGUUGGGAAGGGCAACUAUGGAAACUAUGGAAACGUUUCAAAGAUUUACUUUUUGUUUUCUCCAUCUGUUUGAAAAAAAAUGACCAACUUUAGAACCUUUCACAAUCAUACUUAUGUGUGUGGGGAUGGGCAAAUAUGAAAACGUGUCAAAGAUUUUUUUAUGUUUUCUCCAUUUGUUUGAAAAAAAAAUGACGAACUUUAAAACAUUUCACAAUACUUAUGUCUGUGGGGAAGGGCAGAUAUGAAAACGUGUCAAAGAUUUAUGUUUUGUUUUGUUUUGAUGUUCUUUAGUUUUCAUGUGUUUGUUUUAAAAAAGAUUUGGACACCCUUUA